CAGGAAAAACAAAUUAAAAUUUUAAAAGUUAUCAGGAUGCAAGCCACGCUUAAGAGCGCGUGCAGUCGUUAAGGGUGAGGCCAUCAGGGGGACACGGUGAUGUCAAAGCUGAUAGAAAAUAAAAUAAUAAACGAUACGGGGAAAGCCUGCAGACCUGCGCUGCCUUAUGCAGCAAUCAAGCUAAUUAGAAUCAGCCGCUCCUAAUUUGACUAACAGGCAGCGUCGGUGCGUUUACGGCCACUCUGGACAGCUGAAGCUCAUCCCGGCUCCCUGCUGCUGCUGCUCCUGGUCCACUGAUCGAGUGCUCCCCGCCCCACAGCCUGUAUCUGAUCGUCAUACAGAGGUUUCCCCCCCUGCUGCUGCUGCGUAACAUCUCUCCAAGUCCAGCCGUGGUGCUCACCAAGACCUCACCGCUUGGAGCUCAUCUUCCUACACGGAAUACGCACUGAGCGAGCCGCCGAGGCGACAUUUAAAGACGCCGAGAUUUUUGGCUCCUCGGGUUCAGUCCAGACCGAAGCGAGGCUGGGAUUUCCUCUUAUCGUUUCAUAUUUGACAGAUCUUUGUGUGUGCGCGUGUGUGUGUCUGUGUGUGUUGGGUGGAGUCAACCCGGAAUUCUCCCAAAUUGGAAAACCACUGGCACAUUUCAGGAGCACCAUGAAGGACGGCAUCGCCAACAACAGCACGGCCAGCAUCUCCCAAGCCAGGAAAGCUGUGGAGCAACUGAAGAUGGAGGCCUGCAUGGAUAGGAUAAAGGUAUCCAAAGCCGCCGCAGACCUGAUGGCAUACUGCGAGGCGCACAUACGCGAGGACCCCCUCAUCGUGCCCGUGCCCGCCUCCGAGAACCCCUUCCGGGAGAAGAAGUUCUUCUGCACCAUCCUCUGAUGAGCUGCUGGUAGAGCUGUGCAGGCAUGGCGUUGCCUGGCUUCUCUGUCUUCACCACACCUGAAGCUACUGGCCAUAGGCAUUGAGCUGAGUUUUGCCAAGGCGGGGACACUCUGUUGUUGGUCAGCUCUGCCCCUGGUGGCUGAAGGUUUUGGGGGAGUCAGCUACCAAACUGGCAACCCAGUGGGCGUAUAAUGUCUUGUUAAAUAGGUUUGUUAUUGCUUUGUUAUUAGAGAAACAGCCUUGCUUAGUGCUCAAAGAGAUGAGAGAUGUUUUGGUUUUUUCUUUUUCUGUGCUAGAUUUGAACUUGCCUCAGGAAACAACUUUGCCCAGUGUUUGACUUUUUUUU